AUGUUUGGGUGUAUAAUUUCAGCCUUUAGAGAAAUGAGAAUGAGGUCCUAAAUAUUUCUUUUUGAAAUAAUAAUUCUGUUAUUUGUUUUGGUUUUAGCAGGAGCAGCUGCAUAUGUAGAAAUAAGAAUAUUUUAUUACAUUUCAACUCAUUCCUCUGAAACUAUUAUUUCUAAUUUGGAUAUCAAAUAAAUUAACCAAGCCACAUCUUUGGUUUCGCAUUAUAUCAAAUAAAAGCAUCAAAGAAGUAAUACGUAUUCUUAUUUAAAUUUUAGGGAUUCUUGUUCUUGAACAUCUAUCCUCCUUUUUGAGAACCUAUUAAAUGCUUACUCAAUAAUUUACUAAAGUCAAGUCAAUGGAAUCAUGUGCAGGUUCAGCAUAGUUCGUAAUAAGCGAAUAUGUAUAUCAAACCCCUAAAUUUUGCUAUCAACUUCAUGGAGUACCUGAUUUGGUGACACUGCCUAAAAACAAUUAAAAUAUCUCCUUGCUCUAUUAAGGUUUAGGGCUCUUGAAUGAGUAUGAUCUCUUGUUUAGUAUUGAAUCGCCCUACUUUAUUUAAGUGGCUGAUACUUCAGAUUACAAAUUCGAUAUCAUUUAUCCUGUUGGAAUGUUGAUUAAAGAUUAUGACCCAAAAACAAGACCAUGGUAUUCAUAUAAUCUCUAUAACAAAGGUAUGUAAACCACAUCAAAUAAAUGAAAGCUCAUCCGGAUGAAUUUUAUUUUUAUUCUGAAGUGUAUAAGGUGUUCAUCGAAUAGUUUGAUUACUAGUUUUCAAUAACGCAUUCAUUAUUUAAUUCUCAAUAGUAAUUCUUCGGAAUGGCCAAAACAAUGUUAACUACCAAUGACCCUAGUUUUGAAUAUGUUUUGUACAAUAUCAUACUAAUCAAUUAUGCUGGUUAAGUAUUGUAUAACGGUAUGGAAAUGGGGUAAAACUUGACAGACGUAUUUUAUGUUUUUAAUGAAACAAUCACUGGCUUUAAUCAGACAGAUUGGUAUCAAAUAGAGGAACAUGCAACCAAUAGAUUGAGACGAGAUAAUUCGAAUUAAAUAUUGAUUUUGUAUAAUAAAUAUCAUAAGCAAUUUGUACAUGUGCAAAGUGAAAAAUUCAAAAAAGAAAAUUUUACACUUAUAAUGUAUAUUGUUACAUUGUUAUAUUAGAUUUACCAAUGUGAGUUCAAUUAAUAUUAUGGAAAAAUAGUUUUAGGAAACUGAAGAAUCAUUUAUCUUUUGGUAUUCCCUAGCACUUUCAAUCAUAAUUUCAAUCUAUUCAUUAACAGUUACUUUAAGUUUAUUUGCUAUAAAUUCCAUAUGCAAACCACUAACGAAGUUGACUAAUUAAGUGUCCUUACAUGUGUUGCAAUUAGGAAAUAAUAUUAAUCAUCAAAUAUUUAAAAUGUUUAACAAAUAAAUAAUUUCUUUGGAUUUGCUGAACAAUCUAAAUAACAAAUUUAUGAAUUUUUCAGAGCUAUUACUAUUGAGUUAAACCACAAAAUCUGAAACUUGUCGAUUACUUGAAAAAAUGAGUUUCAAUAAAAAAGAAAGUAAUCUUAAUCUUAAAUUAAUACAAAACUAAAAUAUACUAUUGCCUGAUUUUCGAAGUAUUGAAUAAACACAAGUAUAAGAUAUAAUCAAAAAAAGCCUUUUCUAAGGAGAAUCUAUGAUUAUAUGA